AUGGCAAUCAUGUGGAACCGGGUAAAACAUAAUAAGCUGGGAUAUAGAAGAAGUAUAAGGGAUAUACCCAAUUCGUCUAAUGUUGGAUGCGAUAGGUGCGAUGAAUGUCGUCGAUUGAAAGAGAAAUGCGAGGGUGACGUCCCAUGCCGGAGGUGUUCCCAUCUUCAACGAGCAUGUAGAUACACAGAUCCGACCCCAAAACCUCGUGAGUUUCGUGCCUACGUUCCGAGGGAAAGCCGUCGGAGACCAGAUAUGAGCCAGCUGAUUGAACGUUCAAAACACAUGGAACGGAUAUUGCGGCACACCAUGGCAGGAAUCUCGCUUGACACCAAGAACCUUUCCGAUAUAGCAGACAGACUCGAAGCCGACCAUCAGAGUCUAAAUUCGGCCUCCGGUGGCCCGAGGGACUUGGAAGGGUUGGAGGUCAAUCUGGAGGCAUUGGAGAUCGAUGAUGAGGCGUGUACGAUGCAACCAGUUGGAGAUACGACAGCUCAUUUCUCGGGGGAAUUCUCGUAUUGGAACUUCUCUAUGCGUAUCAAAAACCUGAUUGAGAGCCAAAUCCAAGAGCCGGAGAGCCGCCGAGAAGGCAAUAGUCAAAAUGAUGACUAUGCAUCCGCUUUUCCACGUGCCCAUCAUCUACGCCCUGGGCAUAAUCACUUGUCGGCAGCCAUAUCAUCGUUCCCCCCCAGCAAUAUAUCAAACUUCCUGGUGACAGUCUUUUUCAAGUUCGCAGAGAGCUACCUCUUCUUUAUUGAAGAAAGCUGGGUUCUCGAGAAAUUAGCAUUGCUAUACAAGAGCCCUAAGAGUCUGGCCCAAGCUGGUGGUGAAGUGACGGUCAGCAUCCUCCUGACAGUUCUUGCCAUUGGAACGCAAUACGCCCAUCUUGAACACACCAAGGGUCCUGAAAACACCUCGACGUCAGGCCUUUUAGAGGAAGAAAUAGGUGCCAUGUUUUACCAACAAGCAAUCCGGCUGCUUCCCGAGAUCAUUGAGAUCUCGUCCCUCGAAAGUGUGCAGGCAUGCCUGUUAUUUGGAUACUAUUCCCUGCCGAUUGACGCUUCUGGCCUGGGGUUUAUCUACGUUAACCUGGCCACCAGGCUGGGGAUACAGAACGGCAUGCAUAGAAAAUGCAGCAACAGCGCCUUUAACGCAAGCGUUAUCGAAACUCGAAAUCGCGUUUGGUGGACGACCUACGUGUUGGAAAGAAAAAUAUCUAUUUUCCAUGGCCGGCCUAUCUCGGUGUCUCGGUCAAAUAUCGAUACCAGUUUACCCAUGCAUCAGGACGGUUUGCAAUCAGAGGACUGGCGCAAACGGGCUUCUUAUACUCGAGUCUCUGUACAGCUGAUGUACUUCCUCGAAGACUUGUAUCACGAAAUCAGCAUCUUGCGAAACUGUCGAAAGCAAGAGAUAGUCACAGUUGUAUCGCGGCUUGUGGCCAAAAAAGACGGCUUGACAACAUGGUGGCAAUCUCUCCCUCCGGAUGCAAUCGACGUGAAUGGGCAGCCAACAAUGACACAGUCCCGUUCGGCAAUGCACCUCAGCCUCGAUUACUGCUUGGUGCGCAUGUUUGUCGGAAGGCCGUUUCUAUUAAAGAGAGAAACACAAGAGUCUGCGACAAGCCCGUCCGUCCCCGAAAACAGCCCCGGGGUCAACGAAAGAAGUGCCUCGAAACCGGCGACUAGUCGAGAAGAGCUGAUAAGCGACUGCAUAAAAGCGGCAACAGAAGCCCUUGAUAUCUGUCAGCAGCUACGAUCGAGCGGGAUGGGCCUCGCCCGGGCCUCGUAUUCCGAAUACAGUGCGUGUCGGGCAUCGUUGCUCGUGCUGAUUGCCUACUCGAUCCGCAAUCUCUCUGACCAAUUCCGCAAGUCGUUGUGUGAGGGAUUGGAUAUGAUACGGGAAAUGUCUGCUGCUGGGGAGUCAGCGCGGUCUGAGAUCUCCUUGAUCGAGUCGCUUGAGCGUGCGCUUGCUCGCUUGCACGCUGGAGCACGACCGCACGACGACGGCAGCCGUAACCAAGGAUACUUCGGUUCGGAAUACGAAGCAUUCCGCAGCUGGGGAGCCAACUUGGCAGGCAAGAAUUUGCAAGACGCUACUACACCUGCGGCUCCGAAUGCCCCAGGUGGUCAAGCAGAGAUAGACUCUGUGUCUGGCUGGCCUGUAGACCUUGAGGCCCUGUCUAGUAUGGACUUUUUCAGUGGUUAUGACCCCACGGCUGAUCCUCUACUUCAACUACCCAUCUUUGGGACUGAAAAUCUCUCUCCGUCUGAUGGAUGGCUUACCCAAACCGAGACCGAAAUACUUGGACGAUUCAUUACAGGGCCUCAUGGAGGAAACUAG